AUGUACACCAUAGAUUGGGAUAAUAAAUGGCAAACAGGAGAUACACUAUGGGAUGUGGGGAAACCAAGUCCUGCUCUUGUUUCUUUAUUUGAAAAUGAAGAAACAAAAUCACUUAUUCCAGAGUCAGGAAAGGGAUUAGUUCCAGGCUGUGGGUCAGCUACAAAGGAUAGGCAUAUGACUGGCAUGGAUAUAAGUCAGACUUGUGUUGAUAAAUUAUACGAGAAUCAUCCAAAUGCAAAGGAAAAUAAUUAUGAUUUUAUUUGUGCUAAUUUUUAUGAAUUUGAAGCACCUAAAGGAGGAUAUAAUAUUGCCUAUGAUUACACAUUUCUAUGUGCUAUGGAGCCUUAUAUGCGACCUAAAUGGGCUAAAAAAUACAAUGAUAUUAUUGCUAAAGAAGGUAUCCUGAUUACAUUAAUGUUCCCUAUUGAUGGACGUGAAGGUGGACCUCCUUUUGCUUUAGAUGAAGAAAUGUAA